AAAGGCUCGCAGCGAAGCCGCCCUCACAGUCACAGCUACUUCUGCUCGCCCGCCACUCGGAGUAGCGUAGUGCCGUGCGGUGGUGAGUGACAGGAAGGAUGGAAGAAGGCUUCACCGGCGGCGUCCGGAUCGUGUCCAGGCGUCUCGUCCGGCCGGAGCCGACCGCGAGCUCGCCGGACAACAACAGCGCGCCACCGGAAGAGGAGGAGGAUGAGAUAAUGCACAUGACGCCGUGGGAUCUGCGCAUGAUCACGGUGGACUACAUCCAGAAGGGACUGCUCCUGCCCAAGCCCCCGGCAGCAGGCGGGGCACACGCGCACCGACUCGUGGACGGCCUCGCCUCGUCCUUCGCACGCGCCCUGGCCCGCUUCUACCCUCUGGCCGGCCGCCUCGCCGUGGAUGCCGCCACCGGCGGCCCGGGCGUCGUCGUCUCGCUCCGCUGCAGCGGCGAGGGCGCCGAGUUCGUCCACGCCGAGGCGCCGGAGGUCACCGUCAGCGACAUCAUCACGCUGCCCGCAGGCCAUUACUACGUCCCCAGCGCGCUGGUCUGGUCGCUCUUCCCGCUGAACGGGCUGCUGGGCACGGACGCCGCCCUGGACGACGACUCCCGCGCCCCCCUGCUAUCGGCGCAGGUCACCGAGCUCGCCGACGGCGUCUUCGUCGCCAUGUCGCUGAACCACGCCGUGGGCGACGGGACCACGUUCUGGCACCUGUUCAACACCUGGUCGGAGAUCAGCCGGGCGGGCGGCGAGGGGCGCGAGGCGGAGCUCUGCACGCCGCGGCCGGUGCUGGACAGGUGGUUCCUCGACACCUGCCCGGUCCCCAUCGCUCUGCCGCUGCGCAAGCUGGAGGACAUCGUCCGGCAGCCCGAGUACCCGCCGGUGCGGGAGUGCUUCUUCGACUUCCCUGCGGAGAGCGUGCGGAAGCUCAAGGCGAAGGCGAACGCCGAGAUUGCGGCGGGAGGCGGCACCGCGCCGGCCGCCGUCGUGCUGUCGUCUCUGCAGUCCCUGUUCGCGCACCUGUGGCGGGCGGUGUGCCGGGCCCGGGAGCUCGCGCCGGGCGCGGAGACGGCGUACCUCCUUCCCGUCGGGUGCCGCGCGAGGGUGCGAGGCGUCCCGCAGGCGUACGUGGGCAACGCCGUGACGCUCGCCGUGGCAAAGUCGACCGCCGGCGAGGUGCUGGGCGGCGGGCUGGGCUGGGCGGCGUUGCUCUUGAACCGCGCCGUGGCGUCGUUCGACGAGGCGGGCGUGAGGGCCGAGCUCGCGGCGUGGGCGCGCGACCCUCGGUUCGCGUACGUGGAGCCGCGCGGGUACGGCGGCGCCGCAACGGUCGCGACCGGGAGCUCCCCGCGGUUCGACGUCUACGGCAACGACUUCGGGUGGGGCCGGCCGCUGGCCGUCCGCAGCGGCGCCGGGAACAAGAUGGACGGGAAGGUGACCGUGUACGAGGGCCGCGGCGGCGCGGGCAGCAUGGCGCUGGAGGUGUGCCUGGAGCCCCAGGCGCUCGCCAGGCUCGUCGCCGACGACGAGUUCAUGGAGGCUGUGACUGUGAGCGCUGCCGCGCCGUGAAUGCCUUGUUAAUUAUAAACCCAGCGCAUACUUAGUUGUAGACUGCAUGUUUAUCUUUCAGUUUAUUGCAUGCGUGUGAGCCCCAGUCUGUGGUGAGCCGCACGGGUAGGAGGGCGUUACGAGAAUAGCUCCGCACGACCCUGAGAUGGCCGGAGUUUUAGCAGCAUCGUGCGCAUGGGGAUGGACAUGCGACCAAGCACGACGCAGGCUGAACACGACUGUUUUCUCCUUCGUUGUUCUCUGAAUAAAGGAAUAGACAAUAUACAGAAAACGCUGCCACUUUCAGCAGCACCCA